AUGGCCAUCCACACUUUCCUCUUCGCUUCACUUCUCAUAUUCUCAUCGAUGGAGUCGAGCAGUGGAGCGAUGGAGGAUAGACUCUUCACCGACCUACAAAAUUCACUCGAGGUCACCGCUAAACCAAUAAGAGAUGACUUAGUUUUGGAAGCGGGAAAAGGUAUGGUGAGAAUUACCUGGAAGCUAAAGUCAUCGGCCAAGGUCGACGCUGAUGCUGCCUUCAAGAGCGUCGAAGUCAAACUUUGUUAUGCACCGAUCAGCCAGGUUGAUAGACCGUGGCGCAGCACCCAUAACGAGCUCUUUAAGGACAAAAGCUGCCCUCACAAGAUUGUAUCCAAGCCUCAUGACAAGACCCCUCAGUCACUCGACUGGACCAUCGAACGCGAUAUCCCCAUUGGAACCUACUUCGUACGUGCCUAUGCAGUUGAUGCAAAUGGCCACGAAGUAGCAUACGGACAGAGCUCAUCCGUGGAGAAGACGACCAAUCUCUUUAGCGUUCAGGCCAUUAGUGGCCGUCACGCGUCCCUCGACAUAGCAUCGGUAUGCUUCAGUGUCUUCUCUGUUGUUGCUCUGUCCGUCUUCUUUCUCAAGGAGAAGAGGAAGGUCAAGUUAGAGCAGAUGAAGUGA